AUGGCUGCCAGCACUGGAAGCUCUCGCGACGCCUCACCUUCGGCCUCGACAUUCUUGUCAACAUUGAUUCCUGUUCUUAUUAUUGCAGCAGUCAUUCUUUCCAUCUUCUUGGUCUUGCGUCCCAAGUUCAAGAGAGUUUACGAGCCGCGUACUUACCUGCCACUGCUUAGGAAAUACGAGUACACACCUCAACCUUCAGAUACCAAGUUUGGAUGGAUCAAGAAUUUCCGUGGUCUCAAUGAUGACCACGUUUUGAUGCACUCGUCGCUCGACAACUACCUCUUCCUGCGUCUUUUCAAGAUUCUCUUCACCAUCUGCCUGGUCGGUGCCAUUAUUACCUGGCCCAUCCUUUUCCCUGUCAAUGCAACUGGUGGUGCCGGUAACACACAGUUCGAUCUCCUGAACUUCAGCAAUGUGUCAAUCCCCAGCCACACCAACUACUACUAUGCCCACGCGAUUCUUGCCUGGGUCUUUGUCGGAUUUGUCAUGGUCGUCGUGACACGCGAGAUCAUCUACUUCAUCAGCCUUCGCCAGUCCAUCAUCACCUCGGUCGCUUACAGCAGUCGCUUGUCUGCCAGAACUGUCAUGUUCACCAACGUCGCUCCCGAAUACCUCAAGGAAAGCGCCCUGCGUGAGCUGUUCACUGGAGUGUCCCGCGUUUGGAUUCAGCCUAACACCAAGGAGCUCGACGAUGUAGUUGGUGACAGAGACAAGGCUGUGACCAAGCUCGAGGCUGCCGAGAACAAGCUCGUCCAGAAGUUUGUCAAGGGCCACAAGAAGGCUGAGAAGAAGGGCAAGCAAGACACUUCAACCAUUGACCGCGAGACUGGUCGUGUUGAGGUUGACCACAAGCUUCGUCCCACCCACCGUCUCGGAAAGAUCCCCUUCAUCGGCAAAAAGGUCGACACCAUCGACUGGGCCCGUCCCGAGAUUGUCAAGCUCAACAAGCAGGUUACCGAGGAGAUUGACAAGGCCCACAACGCUGAGAAGAUUCCUGCCGUCUUUGUUCAGUUUGAGACUCUCGAGGCUGCUCAGGCCGCUCACCGUCAAAUGUCUGGCGGCAUGCAAAAGGUCAAGGGAGCCAAGCUCACCCCCAAGGUUGUUGGUGUUCACCCCAACGACAUUAUCUGGAAGAACCUGAACAAGAAGAACACGGUCACUCGCCUGAUCAUGAUUGCUUCCACCAUCUUCGUCAUCCUCAUGAUCAUCUUCUGGGCAAUUCCUGUGGCUUUUGUCGGUGUCAUUUCCAACAUCAAGACUCUUGAGACCAUUGGCUUCCUGAAAUGGAUUGCUAGCAUUCCCCCCGUCAUUCUCGGUGUCAUCACUGGUCUCUUGCCUUCGGUCAUGCUUGCUGUCCUCAUGGCUUUGGUACCCAUUGUCUUGAGACUUCUCGCCGGCAUGUUCGAGCCCACCAGAUCUACUGUUGAGCUUAGAACCCAGGCUUGGUACUUCUCUUUCCAGGUCGUCGAUGUCUUCCUCGUCACCACCUUCUCGUCUGGAGCUGCCGCUGUCGCAAAGCAGAUUGUUGACUCGCCUGGAUCUGCACCCAUGUUGCUUGCUAGCAACCUUCCUCGCGCCUCCAACUUCUACACUGCCUACUUUGUCGUCACCAUGUUGAACCAGGCCGCCAUGCUCGUCCUCAACAUUGCUCCCCUGUUGUUCAUUGCCGUCCUCGGCAAGUUCUUGGACUCGACUCCUCGCAAGGUCUACAACCGCUACGUCAACUUGAUCGGCCUUGGCUGGGGAUCUGUCUACCCUGCCUACGCCAUGCUCGGUGUCAUUUCCAUUGCCUACUCCUGCAUUGCUCCUCUGCUCCUUGGAUUUGCAACUGUUGGUUUCGCUCUCUUGUACUUUGCCUACCGCUACCAGCUCCUCUAUGUUGUUGGCAAUGACUCGAUCGACAUGAAGGGUCGUGCCUACGCUCGUGCUAUGCAGCAAAUUACCGUCGGUGUCUACUUGCUCGAGUUCUGCUUGAUCGGUCUAUUUGCCAUUGGUGUUGCUUCCGACAGAGCUGCCCUUGGUCCUCUGAUCCUGACCAUCAUUCUUGCCGUCUCCACCGUCAUCUACCACGUCAUCAUGAGCAAGACUCUCGGCCCCAUCGUCGAUGGCACCGAGAUGAUGCCCGGCAGCGAGGACCGCAGCAGGAACUUCUCGGCUGCCGAGACUAUGGAGGAGGGCAAGCCCAGCACCACCAGCAACCGCGACACCUCACCCACUCUUGCCGGCUCCACCGCGUCCCCCGAGCCCAAGAAGAGUGGUAUCAAGGGCAAGCUGCAGCACUUCUUCUUCAGCUCUCGCUUCGCUGGCAAGUGGCUCACUGUUCGCAAGGAGUUGGCUUCCCACUUCAACGAGCCUAUCCGUCCUUACACCAACGAGGAGCUCGAGUUUGCCUACCAGCCCCCAAGCUUGGCCAACGAGCAGCAACUCAUCUGGAUUGCUCGCGAUGAGUAUGGUCUCUCUUCCCAGGAGGUUGCUGGAUGCAAGGAACACAAUGUUCCCGCUACUGAUGAGGAGGCCACCCUCGAUGAGAAGGCAAGUGUCAAGUGGAGCCAGGAGAGAAUUCGUGAGGCUCCCAUCUUUGAGGAGAAGGUUCCUUACUAG